ACUGCUUGUGUUUUUACUUCUUAAAAAAAUAGUCAAAUAAUGGGAGUGGAUCCUCUCCAAUGAAAAAAAAAACUGAAUGGUAUCCAGUGUUCAAUCUAACCAUUCAUUAUUCUCUUUCUCUUAUUUAUUUCUGGCCUCACUCAUAGAAUCAAAGGUAAUAAAUUACACUGUAUUUUAUCCAUUGUUAAAAAAACGGGAAAGGAUCAUUUUCCGUCGAAUAAUACUCUUCUGUCUUUUUCCACAACACUUUUAAAUAUCCACUUUCGUAGCGAAUUGCUGUUUGAAAGAUGAUUCCACCAAUCUAGGCUAUUUGAUUCCCUCUUUUCCACAACUUUGUUUUCAUAUCGAUCUUAAUUCUUUGAUUGCCUUUGCCUUUGUCUUUUCACUUCUCUUUCUUUCUCUUUUUUUCUUUUCUUUUUUUUUUUCCUGGUCUUGCAUUCAACACAUUACUAUUUUCACGUCUUUUUAAUCAACCCAAUUCUCACUGAAAAAAAAAAAAAAAACAAAACACAAAAAAAGAAAUACACAAAACACAAAAAAAAAGUUUCUUUUGAAUUGACCAGACAAUCAUGAGAGCUUCUAAUUUCUAUUAUGGUUGUUUGCUGCUUCUUUCUGGUUAAGGACUAUACAUCCUGUUUGAUAUGGAGAAGAUUGGAAAAGGAUGCCCUAUUAAAGGGAGGGUUAUAGACUUGAAGAUUGAUAUAGUAUCCCAAUUUUAGAGAUAACCCCACAAAAAAAUGCGCAUGAAGAUGUAGCAAAUUAAAAGGAGACCAUUAGACCAAGGAUGAAAUAAAAGCAUGUCGAUCAGCUUUAUACCGGACUUUUUGCAAGAACGUGUGUUCGAUGCAGUAGCCGGUUUCUUAACAGAGCAAGUAAAGUAUGUAUGGGAUUACGAGAAAAGAUUCGAUGAUGUAAGCAAAGUUGUAGAGAAUCUCAAGAAUGACAGAGAUGAGGUGCGCGAUAGAGCCAAGGAAGAGGAAGGACGAUAUGGGAGAGCGAUAUACGAUAAUGUUUUAGAAUGGCUGGCUCGUGUGGAUGAAAUUGUUGUUAAAUAUAAUAAGUUCAAAGAAGAUCAUGAUAAUAAUGCAGGGUAUGCACUUGCUUUUCCAUUUCAAAAUUUAGACAUAAGGUAUCGUCAAAGCAAAAUAGCCGAACGUAUCAAAGAAGAUGCUGAAAAUUUGCAAAAUGAGAAGCGUGAUAGAAUAUCUCGCUGGCAGGGCCCACCUUCUUCAAUGGGUUAUGCGCUUCCUUCUGUUGAAUAUGAAGAGCUUGAUUCAAGAAAACAAAAUAUGGAAGAUGUCAAGAAAGCCUUGGAAGACUCGAGUCUUACAAUGGUUGGUGUUCACGGCCUAGCUGGUAUGGGAAAGACUACUUUGGUCAUAAAAGCUAUUAACACACUUCAAAGUGGAGAACCAAAGUUAUUUGAUAUGGUCAUUAUGGCAAAUGUGGGCAAAAAUCCAGACAUCAGAAAAAUUCAAGGCCAGAUUGCUGACAUGCUCGGAAUAACAUUGCAAGAGGAGAGUGAGUAUGCGAGAGCUAUUCGCAUAAGAGAUAAUUUGAAGAAAGGAAAAAGCACCCUUAUAAUCUUAGAUGAUAUGUAUGCAAAAAUGGAUUUGGAUAAGUUGGGAAUUUCAUCAAAGAGUGGCGAUGACAAGAAGAAUCUCAUUCUCAAACAAGGAAUAAAAUCUUCUAAUCCCUCUGGAGCAGCUCAAACUAAGGAAGAGACAAAGACUGCUGAACAAAAGUCAGAAAUAGAUAGUGUUAGAAAAUAUUUGACAACUCAAAAAUCAAUAACAGAAGGUACCAAAUUAUAAUGCACAUAUAUUUUAAUUUUUAUUUGCAUACGCAUAUCGUAUAUAUAUUUGUAUAAGAUAAUACCUUAAUUAAACUU